UGUCAGCAUCAGCUGCUGUAAUCAGCCUACGCGUGUGGUGAUUCCCAGUGUUAGGGCUUAUCUCCCUUCCUCGGAACAUAUUUACAUCUUAACACAUCACAUCCAGACGUUGGGACAGAAACGGCAAUAGUCCAGCCGGAAACAUGUCUGUUGCGGGACUGAAGAAGCAAUUCCACAAGGCGACUCAGAAAGUGAGUGAAAAGGUUGGAGGAGCAGAGGGAACUAAAUUAGAUGAAGACUUUAUGGAAAUGGAAAAGAAAGUCGACACCACCACAAGGGCAGUGUUGGACAUUAUGACCAAGACAACAGAGUACCUGCAGCCCAAUCCAGCAACUCGUGCUAAGAUGAGUAUGAUGAGCUCCAUGUCUAAAAUCCGUGGAGGGGAUAAAGGUCCUGGCUACACACAGACUGAAGCUAUCCUGGGAGAGUCAAUGCAAAAGUUUGGCAGGGAGCUUGGCGAGGAAUCCAACUUUGGUCUGGCUUUGAUUGAAGUUGGAGAAGCCAUGCGAGAACUAGGUGAAGUUAAAGACGCUCUAGACAUGGAGGUCAAGCAGAACUUUAUUGAUCCCUUGCAGAAUAUGCAUGAAAAAGACUUAAAGGAGGUCCAGCACCAUCUGAAGAAGCUGGAGGGGCGACGGUUGGACUUUGACUAUAAGAAGAAAAGGCAAGGCAAAGUGACAGAUGAUGAGAUCAAACAGGCACUGGAGAAGUUUGAUGACACAAAGGAGAUUGCCGAACAAAGCAUGUUUAACAUUCUGGAGAGUGAUCAGAUCGAACAGGUCAGUCAGCUUUCUGCCCUGGUCCAGGCACAGGUGAACUAUCAUAGACAGGCUGCAGAGAUCCUUCAGCAGCUGUCCAGCAAGAUGGAGGACAGAAUAAGGGAAGCUUCCUGUAAGCCGAGAAGAGAGUAUGUUCCCAAACCUCGAACCUCCAUGGAUUUGAGUGAGAACCAUAAUGGGAAUAGUGGUCUCUGUGGACGCUCCAGGUCACCAGCUCCAAUGGACCAGCCUUGCUGUCGGGCACUAUAUGAUUUUGACCCUGAAAAUGAAGGUGAGCUAGGCUUCAAGGAAGGUGAUAUCAUCACCUUAACCAGCAAGAUUGACGACAAUUGGUAUGAAGGAAUGGUCAAUGGGCAAUCUGGUUUCUUCCCUGUUAACUAUGUAGAUAUCCUGGUAGCUUUGCCGCACUAAGUCCUAUGCAUGUACCCUAUUUAUGACCUGACCAAUCAAACCACUUCUUCGACAAGAGAACACAAACAGCACAAAAAGCUAUAUUGGGGCAUUUGUGCAUAUAAAAUAAACCAUGAAGAUUUGGGGUGCCCUUAUAUUAUAAAAAUAUUAUUCCUGAGUUGGAAUGCUGCCACUUUUGUUGUAGAUUUGUAUUUAUUUUUUUUGAGGUUGAUCAGACCUCUGCAUUGUCUGCUGCUAUACCUCCUGUAUGUUCUGACAUUUUCUAAUCUUAUUUUUGCCUGUUUCCAUUGGCAACAACAAACCAUGGGUUACUCACCCAUUUAUAAAAAAUGUCAGCAAUAAAAUAAAAUCACUCUUUCAGUAUUAAGCUGCAUAACGUUUAUUAAAGGGAUAGUUCACCCAAAAAUGAAAAUUCUGUCAUUUUCGCACCCUCAUUCGUGAGUUUCAAAUUUCAAACCUGUGGCUUGCUUUCUUCUGCAGAACACAAAUGAAGAUUUUUAGAAGAAUAUUUCAGCUCUGUAGCUCCAUACAAUGCAAGUGAAUGGUGACCAGAAAUUUGAAGCUCAAAAAAGCACAUAAAUGCAGCAUAAAAGUAAUCAAUAAGACUCCAGUGGUUUAAUCCAUGUCUUCAGAAGUGAUAUGAUAGGUGUGGGUGAGAAACAGAUCAAUAUUUAAGUCAUUUUUUUACUGUAAAUCUCCACUUUCACUUUCACAUUCUACUUUACGUUCUUCGUGCAUAUUGCUAUCUACUGGGUAGGGAGGAGAAUUUAUAGUAAUUCACUUGCAUUGUAUGGACCUACAGAGCUGAAAUAUUCGUCUAAAAAUCUUCAUUUGUGUUCUGCAGAAGAAAGAAAGUCAUACACAUCUGGGAUGGCAUGAGGGUGAGUAAAUGAUGAGAGAAUUGUCAUUUUUGGGUGCACUGUCCCUUUAAGGACACUGCACUUGAAGAAUACUAGUGUCGUAGCGAAAAAGGGACAUCAGUAUUAAACAGAAGCAAAAAUUCAAUAUUUUUGUUAAUUGCAAUAAUUGCAUGGACUCCAAUAAUCAAACGCUUUCACCUCUUUCCUGUUCCAAAAUGCAGGCCGAAGUUGGAAAAAAAUAUUUAAAAAAAUUAACAAAUACAAUUUAGCCAUUAAGUGGUGUUAGAUCUGACUAGAUGAGUAACAUUUAGCAACCCAAAGAAAAAAAAAAGUUGUGUGCAUAAUUUGUGUGUUGUCGCAGUGAAUCUCAUUCAUCUGUUAUGUAACAUUCUGUAUGGUCCAUGAAACCGGUAGAACUUUUCAAACGUUCCAUAGAAUGACUGACCACUGAAAGUCAAUCCUAAAAAUUAGUUUCACAAAGAAAAGUGUGUGUGCGUGAACAUAUAUAUGAUUGUAAAUAUGUAGCAAAUAGGUUGCUACAGUCUAAACCCAUAAAACUGUAAAUCAACUUCUGUUUCAUAUAUCUUUACCUUUGUGAAAAGAAGUGAAGUGUGUUAUUUCUGGUACCAAGUGGAACUGCAUAAUUACUGUUUCAAACAAGUUUCCCAAACACUCCUACAUACCCUUCUGUCCUGCCCCGUCUUCUGUCGUUCAUUAAACUCAUGCCAUUGAUUGAGCCAGUGUUGCUAUGUUCACUCAAACAGUCCAACAUGCCACAGAGCAGCAGAAAAUAUACACUAAUGGCUCGCUUCUAGUUGUAUCUGCACAUUAAACCGUGCCAGAAGAGAGUAUUUUACACAUCCCCUUUAAUGAUGUUUGAUUCAAGAAUAAGACAAAUUUUGUGAUUGUAAAUGAUGUGUAGUUUGACCUCAAAUGGACACCAACAACAGGUUAAAAGAGGUUUAGUUAAUGCAUUAUUUAUUAUUAUUACAUUUAAGAUCCCUUUUUUUAUUUAAACCCAGAAUAAUAACUUUUAUUGACAGAACAUUUCAUUAUAAAAAAUAAAAGUCACUUGUUUUGUUACCCUCAGUGAGGUCUGUACAGCCUUUGUGUUUUAUUUCCACCUUGUGUAAAAUCAUGUAACUUGUAGUACCAUGUGUUACAUUUGCAUCAUUGUUAAAGCAUAUAAAAAAAAUAGAUUUAAAAUAGACGUGUGAUAUUUAUUAUUGACUACUGGAUAUUAAGUGCUGUGGGAGCUUUUAGGCGUGAAGGCCGACAUAUCAACUCCCUAGCGUGAAUUUUGAAUGACUCAAUGCAUCUGAAUAAUAGGCUUGUACUGAGGAAGGAAACAAUGAACUACAGUAAAUAAAAGAGAUUAAUGGUG